AUGGGAUGCUUAAGCCGUGGUAUUCAAAGUUCAAUUUGGAUACAGAAUUCAGGAGUCGAACAUGAUCUUCACGAAUUGCUCAACGUUUUUGCGACGACAUGGGAAGAAGAGUUGCAGGAGGUGAAGAAACGGCUGCUUUCUUCGUCAUUAUGGCAGUUCAACGAGGUGUGCUAUGUCGUUCGUGUGGAAGCAAAACUUCGAGCUCCAUGCUUUGGUCUUACAGCAACGGAACUGCGUUGUUGUCAAAGCAGUUGUGGGUUCAAGAUAGGUCGAGAUCUGCUAGUUAAACAGGUAUACAAUAGUGCUUUUCAGAAGCUACGCUAUGACACAUUCGGAGUGAUUUCCCUGACGAUUCCAAAGAUGUUCAUGGGUUUGUCGGUCACGAUUGAGGCGCUUUUGAGGAAGUACUUUUGUAUGGAGGUGAUUCGAGGAGCUACUUGUGAUCGGUGUAAGUCCCGUACCGGCAAACGUGACAGUGGACUGUUCAAGAAGCAAGGCUUCAGUAAGCAUCGUAUAGAACUGUAUUUACACACAAUAUUCGUAUUUGCAAGACACCAACGGAUUAGCGACGGCGGCAACAUUGGUUGCUGUUGGCGCACGGAGAGUAACCGGUUUGGCAUUGGCAACCGGAGUUGCUCGUGGAUGGCUGACAGGCGACGGCGGCAGGCUGUUGAGCAACAACAGCUGGAGGGCACGAGUUACUGCAGCUCUGCUGGCAGGCUGGCUGGCAAGACGCCAUUGGCUGAUUUUGCUGAGUGCACUGAGACACGCAGCUGGACUCACACUGAGGCUGGCAUUGAGCGGUCUGAGCGAUGCUCGACUGGAGCACGACCUGUACGACUUGAGAGCUCUGCGAAUUGCAGGCGGAUUGGCACUGCUGGCACUGCACUGGUGAUUGGCUGGGGGCGCACUGAGACUGGCAUUGUUGUCCGCAGGACGGCUGUUGCUGUUGGAUCGGUUGCUGAGCGGCAACACAGGAGUUGUCGCAUGUUGGCAUGCAAGCCGGAGUGCAUUGAGGUUGUGCUUGUGCCUGAACCAUUGGCUGAGCAGCACCACAGCUCUGCGAGCAUUGCGAGCUGCAGGAGUCGAAGCAUUGAGCGACUGGUUGUUGCUGAGCGACACACGACGAUUGGCAUUGGCUCUGGCACUGUGGCAUACAGGCUGCCGGAGCGGCAGGCGCUGGCUGGUACUGCUGCUGCUGCUGGACACCGCAGGUGUUCGAGCACUGCGAUUGGCAUUGGUCGGCACACUGAGCGGCUGGCUGCUGCUGAGCGACGCACGACGUCUGGCAUUCGUUCUGACACUGCGGCAUGCAGGCAACGGGAGCGGCGGUGGCAGGCUGGUACUGCUGAGUGCAGGAUGGCUGACAAGCUGGCUGACAGGCUGGUGCGCACUGGUUGCUAA